UAAUAUAUAAUUUCUUUUAAUUAGCGCCCGAGAGAGAAAAACAUAUCGAUUUUUACAUAGCAUUUUUAGGAUAACUCUACUCUCUCCCAAUUCAUAGAGUUCAACAGAUAAUCAUGAACUGUUAAAUCAAAUAGUUUAAUAGAUAAAUAAGGUUUAACAAACCAAAAUAGAUAAAUGAAGUUUUAUUUGAUAGUUUAUCUAGAAUUCAUAUAAAGUUAGAUUACUUUCUCUUAUUUUGAAUGAUAUAAUCAUAUAAAUACCAUGAUUAAUACUUUUUCAAAACUGUAAAACUGUAGUAUAUGUGUAUGUAUAACUACCAUUAAACAUAGUAACAUACCAACUUUCUUUACUAUUGAUUCAACGAAGUACCUUAGAAAAGAGCUGCUAAUUUCAGAUUUUACUAGAUCACUAAUAUAUGAACGGUUGACUCUCGAUACUAUUCUCCCAAAGAACUAUAUGGACCCAAACAACGUAGACCCAUAAGAACAUUAUACUUUUUUAUUUAUUUGGAUAGCUAACCUGAAAAAGAAAAUUGGAUAAAUACUACAAUUGCGGAAUCUCUCAACUCUCUUUUCCUCCAUAUAAGGAGCCUAUUUUGGCAUUCGUUUGUAUUCGUAGCUUUGCAUCGAUCCCUUUUCUUUCUCUGAAAUUGUUUCGCUUAAUAUAUAUAUAUAUAUAUAUAUCUCACGGUUUUUCCUAAAGAAGCUUAAAUAAUACAAAGAUGGCCUCAAGUUCUAUGAGCUCCUCUUGGACGUCUAAGCAAAAUAAGAUGUUCGAAAGGGCUUUAGCCGUUUACGACAAAGACACUCCAGACCGUUGGCAAAACGUGGCCAAAGCCGUCGGGAAUAAAUCGGCAGAGGAAGUCAAACGUCACUACGAUAUUCUCGUUGAAGAUCUCGUGAACAUCGAGCAAGACUUAGUCCCUUUGCCUAAAUACAAGACCGUCGAUGUUGGAAAUAAAUCAAGAGGCAUCAACGAUUACGAUUUGAGGUUAAUGAAGAAUAUGAGGAUCCAGUGAAGUCUGUUACAUUGAAGCAAUAGUGCUAUAAAAGAUUCAGAGCGAUAUAUUUCCUUAUCACACACUGAUGAUCAUUGAUCAGAACUUAUCUUUUCAUUGUGCCACUUAAUUACUUAUUUAACCUUAUUUUCACAUCAAAUGAGCCAAAUCAUGUUGCUAUUGUGGUUUUGUUUCUAGUUAUUGAUUAUUAUAUAUUUUUGCCAAUUAUUGUGUUUGAUUUUCGAUGGCUUUAGCUAUCAAUAUAAACUAGUUUACA